AUGCCAGACCAAAUAAUACCAAAGAAGAUGCUGUAUGAGAAGCCGGAUGAAAAAAUAAGUAGAGGGCGCCCUCUGAUCAGAUGGCUGGAGGAUGUUGAGGACGAUCUGAGGCGGCUAGGCUUUCGAAGAUGGAAAGACCGUGGAGAUUGGUUGGCUGUAGUAGAGGAGCGGGAAGGCUUGCAGAACCAUGCGGGAGAAGACGACUUCAUAAGAGACCUGGAAGGGAAAAGCAAUAAUAGGACUGGAGGGACAUUUAAUUUGGCGAGGGCCCGGAGGGGGAGGGGCGGGAAUUGGGCCGGCCAGUGGAGGAUCCGCAAUUAUACUCCCGCCUGGAUUCCGAGCCGCGCUAAUAUCUGCCGCCGCUCCUGGAUUCCUCCUCCUAUUGCACUUCAUAUUGCACCGCUCCAGUCGGACUCAUUCCAGAGUUCCUCCUCCAUCCUCUCUCCAUUGGAAGCAGGAUCCCAGUACGAGGGGACAAUGAGUAACAAGAGACCCGUCCCUAGAGAUUUACACUUCAGUCUGACUGAUUCAAACAGUUUAUUUUGCCAUCUGAUGAAUUGGAAUUCCACCAAGGAAGGAAUUGAAAUUAAAAGAAGUCCAUUUAAAUUUCGCCUUCGGCAAGAGAUGGGAGGAAUUCCAGCAAUAACGAGAGGAAUUCGAGGGAGUUUGGGAGGAUGGGAGGAGCGGGGAGGGAGGGAUAGAGAGAGAGGGGUAGAGUCUUGAAUCGGGAUCAGGGAGAUUUAUGUGGAGCGUCCUGGGACAGCACUCACUCGAUUGCUCUGUACUCGCCCGUCUACUAAUUGUGUCUUUAAUCUCAGUCGGAGGAUAAUAUCCCGUACUCGGAGGGACAAUGGGAAAAGGUACACAAAGGGCUGCUUAGAACGCAUUUUAUUUCAGGGCAGAUCC